GCCGCCGGGCUGCCGCACUGAGCCGGGCACGGCUGCUGGCGGGGAACAGAUGGCUCCGCUGCGCUGACCUCAGCGCUUUGGCCCAGCGCAGCUCCAGCAGCUCUCUGAGCCUCGGGGAGGGGCUCCUCGCCUUCCCAGCGCCGUCCCCAGGUGGAGUGGGGCCGAGGUACCCGUUUCUGGGGUUCCCAGCUUUCCCUUCUCCUUGCACUGAGGGAAUGGAUUCCUCUCGGCUCAACCGCAUCCCUUCUCUGAAAGGACUCCAUGUGCAUCCUUGGCCCCAGAGCCCUCAGAGCACCCACAUUUCUCCUCCUGCCGUUAAAGACUCAGUGUUCCCACUGCUCUGCACUCCCAUAAGUUUUCUGGGAGCCUGAAGCCAGGAAGGGGAUGAGAUGUUCCACAGGCACUGUGCCGCUAGAAUGCACCCAUCCGUUGUCACCACUGACAUCGCAGUGUCCCCAUUGCCAUGUGGGGUGCCUGCACGGGGUGGGAGAUACCCCCACCUGGGGUUUAUCCCUGUGGGAAUUGGUGCUGUGAGCUUUCCUGGGGCUGGGAGGGGAGCAGAGCUGAUGGGCUCCAUCGUUCUGUCUCAUGGCAGGGUGCAGCAGCUGCCCCAGGGCGCUGCUUAGGGACGAGUGAGGCAGUUGUUGGAGGGCGAGGGCUGAUUACACCCCAGGAAUGAGUGAUUUCCUCCCUCCCUGGGAAAUUUCCACUUCUGGGGCAGCCCUGCAGGCGGCCGCCACCAGGGAGGAGGAAUUAUCCCUGUGGUGACAAAGCCUUCCCUAUUUAUUUCAGCUCCCUUAAUUACCGAGCGGGGAGGAUGCAUGGCAGCAGAGUGGGGCCAUGGUGUGUGCACAGCCCCAUCCUUACGGCUCUGCUCCCACCUCUGCCAGCUCUGCUUCACUUUCUCUGUGUUCUGUUUUUGGUGGCCAGGAUCAGGGCAGCGGGCAGCUCUGUGUGGGUACCAACGCCCCACAUACCAAACCCCUAAAUAAGUGAUCCCAUGAAGGUGCUCUUCGCCCACAUUCCUUUGUUAAAUGAGCCCUGGGAUGAAAGGAUGAGGUCGGUUCCCAGUUUCAGCAAUGGGUGGGCUCAGACCGCCUUACUUUGGCCACACUUCUGGGGGAGGCCAGCAGGAGCAGGACGGGCACAGAGCUGGGACCAAACCCCCAGCAUCCAUCUCACGUGCCACCCUCAGGUGAUGGCGCGAUGUUAAAUGGGGCUCAGCAGAGGGACUCACAGCUGUGCUGCUGGGGCUGCUGUGGGGUUCAAGGAGCCUGCAGUAGUGCACGGAGCAGCAUUGUCCCCCCAGAACGGCCCUCCUGCGUUCCUGCAGCCCUCACACGGCCACCGCGGGCCCUCCCUGCAGGAUGUGGCUGCGCACCAGGAGCUGUCAGCGCACGCUGCGGGCAGUGAGCAGCACACAGAGCCUCCUGCAGAGCGCACACCGGGGGAAGGUAACGGGGAGAAGGGAGGGCUGUGGGCUGGGGGUCUGCUGGGGUAAAGCGCAGUGGUGUGGGAGAGGAAGGAGAAGAGAGGGGUGGGUGGCUUUGGGCCCUCCCAGCACUGCAAAAAGGGAGGCGCAGCACACCCAGGUUGGAUGGAGCCGAGUGGGGAAAUGAGAGGUUUCCUCUUGGGAGGAAAUGUCAACCUGUGCCCGGCGGGGCUGGGGGCUUCUUCCCGAGGUGCAGUCGGUGCUUCUGUUCUGCUCUGACCUUUAUAACCACCAGGGUGCUUUUCUGGAGGGGGAAUGUAAAAAGGAUUUGUGUUGUUCACAUGCUGAAAUAAGGUGGUUUUGAUGAUUGCGAGACAGUGCUGUGCGCUGGGGCUGUUACAGAACCUCGGGGCACGGCCAUGGCAGCAGCAUGGGUGCAGGAAUUCUGCUUUUUUUAACAGAAAAAAAAAAUGCUUAUUUUAUUUCAAUACCUUCAGAGGAGAGAAAACACGGCUCUCAGGCUGGCAUGCGUGGCACUGCCAGGCCCAGCCUCUUGCAGGCACUCUCCAGGUGUACCCAGCUGUUCACAGCUUGGGUGGGUGUGUGAGCCCACGGGGGGAAAACAACCCGUGGGAUGGAGAUGGGAUGGUGGUGGGAAUAGGGCUGCUUCCUGUGAGAAGGACCGGCUCUCCAGCAAGGCCCAAUCCAGCCCUUGGUGAAAGGGUUAAUUGCAGCCAGGUGCCCUUUCUCCUUUGCAGUGCUGAAACCAAAGUGACCCUUGCCUGUUCAUGGGCAGAGGACUGGAGGCACUGACCUGUUGCUCAGCCUCCCGUCUCCUUUUCCUGGAGCCAGAGAGUGGUGGCAUCACGCCCACACCGAGCAGGGGGCUGUGCACGCCCCGAGCCCUGCAGAAUCCUCAUGUCUUGAAGAUGUGGGCGAGCUGUCCUGGAGACAGCCAGGCUGCUCAUAAAUGUGUUAAAGCGAAGGCCAAGAGGAAAACACAAUUUCCAUUUGUUUUGGCAUCACUUGCAAACCCCAGGGCCCCUGGCCUUGGGGAAAGGCACGCGGAGGUCCCACGCUCGCUGUGAGCAGCGGGGCUGGCGUAGGCUAAAACCUCCCUGCAAACGACCUUUCCAUGAGGUGACACGUGGAUGGGCGCUGGGCUGCGUUUGGUGCCGGGGGAGCGCGUGGUGGCACGGGGGUGUGAUGGUGCUACAGGCGGCUGCGGUGCCGGUGUGGGGGGUGGCAGCCAUCCCAGCGCUAUGGGGGUCUCACUCUGGGGUCGCUGUGUCCCUGGGCUGGGCACCUCUAUCUCCAGAGCUGCCACGGGUGCUGUAGGCAGUUGGUGCUGUCUGGGGGCCAAAAAGAACGCAGCGCCCAACCUGAGGGCAACAGGACCUCCUGGGGCUCUGCCCAUCUCCCCCUGCCUUUGCCGGGGCUCCCCCUGCCCUCCCCCCGAGCAGUGCCAGGGAUCAGCUGAUGCCUUAAUACGGGCCCUGGCGACAGCUGGAGGCUGCUGCUGCCGGCGGGGGCUGCGCUCCCUGUGCCCCCCCAGCGGCGGAUGGGGGCCCGGGGCUGCUCCACGCUGGCUGGGGGGCACCACGAUGGGCAGCAGGACCAUUCCCAGCGGUUAAGCUAGCAAAGGGCUGGAAGGUAUUUGGGGUAUACGUGUUUGGGGGGGACGUGGGUACAGUCUUCGAUUCUUUCUGUGGGUGGGCUGCAGGGGGGGCAAUGUCCGGGGAGAGGAAGAGGUCCUUGCCGUGGGCUGUGCCACUUUGCAUGGUUAUUUUUUUUCGUGGGGGAGCUUUGCUCUUUGGCUCCCCACGCCCGGAGCACGAAUUUGGAGGGGGGACUGCAGCCAAGCGGCGAAGUUGCGGCUCGGCAGAGGGCAGGGGCCGGAGGACAUAUGUCUCGUCCUUCUGCCAACCCCUCCUUUUCCUGCCCCCUCCCCUCCCCCCCCCCCCUCCCCUCCCCGUGCCCGCGUCUCUGCCUCCGUCCCCGAUCCCCAGCCGUCCCGACCCCGCUAUGGCUACCGGGGAGCCGCGAGCAUGAAGCUGGGGGCAGCGGUCCCCUUGGAACACCUGCUGGCGUUGACUGAGCUCGCCCCCCCACCUCUCCGUGCGCACCCACCCCUCUCCCUCCUUCCUCCGCUCCCAUCCCUUCCUCCCGCCGCAGCUGCAGCGCUUCCUCCUCCUCCUCCAAGGACGAGUCUGGGACCGACGGCCGGACCCCCCCUCUCCACCCCCGCACCUCCCCCUUCGCCCUGGCACGGCGCACCCCACGGCCGCAGCGGGGUCGGACCGUGCCCUGGGGCUGCCCCGGGCGGGGGGCGGCAACGGGAGGAGCCCCCGGGAGCGGAGCGGGGCAUGUAGGAGCCGGAGCGGCGCUGCUCCCGUGAGUACCGGGCGGACUGGGGGGGCCGGGCCCCCGACGGGCUCGGCAGGAACUUUCAGCGGGACACGGCGGUGGACAUGGGCAGAGCGCCGGCGCACACUCUGCUGCUGUCGCUGGUGCUGGGCUGCUCAGCUGCCUUCACCGACGUGCUGCUGCCCGGCCCUGCGGAGCCGGUGGUCAACGUGGCCGUGGUGUUCGGGGGCACGUCCUACCCGCUGCACAUCCGCUCCCGCCUGAGUCCCCAGAGCUUCCUGGACAUGCCCCUGGAGAUCCACCCCAUCACCGUUGUUGUCAACAACACCAACCCCAGCACCCUCCUCACCCACAUCUGCGACGUGCUGGCCAGCCACAAGAUCCACGGCAUCGUCUUCGAGGACAACGUCGGCACGGAGGCGGUGGCCCAGAUCCUUGACUUCGUCUCCUCCCAGACCCAGGUCCCCAUCGUCAGCAUCAGCGGGGGCUCUGCGGUGGUCCUCAGCCCCAAGGAGCCCAGCUCAGCCUUCCUGCAGCUGGGCGUCUCCAUCGAGCAGCAGAUCCAGGUGAUCUUCAAGGUGCUGGAGGAAUACGACUGGAGCUCCUUUGCCGUCAUCACCAGCCUCUACCCGGGCUACAACAUCUUCCUGGAGCUCAUUCGCUCCUUCACUGAUGCCAGCUACUUCGGCUGGGAGCUGCAGGACGUGCUCACCUUCGAGAUGAGCCAGGAGCGGAGCAGCUCCAGGACGCAGCGGCUCCUGCGGCAGCUUGAUGCCCAGGUGCUCCUGGUCUACUGCUCACGGGAUGAGGCUGAGUUCCUCUUUGAGAUGGCCGGGCAAGCUGGGCUGGUGGGGCCGGGCUACAUCUGGAUUGUGCCCAGCCUCACAGUGGGCAACAUGGAGCUGCCGCCCACCUCCUUCCCCAUCGGCCUCAUCAGCGUGGUGACAGAGAGCUGGAAGCUGAGCCUGCGGCAGAAGGUGCGGGACGGGGUGGCCAUCAUCGCCAUGGGGGCAGCCAGCUUCUUCCGAGCCCACGGCUUCCUCCCGGAUGUGGGACGGGACUGCCGGGCUCCCACUGCUGCUGCCAACGCCAGCUUCUACCGGCACCUCCUCAAUGUGACGUGGGAGCACAGGGACUUCUCCUUCAACGAGGGCGGUUACCUGGUCAGGCCCACCAUGGUGGUGAUCUCGCUCAACCAGCACCGGCUCUGGGAGAUGGUGGGGAAAUGGGAGCACGGCAUCAUCCAUAUGAAGUACCCGGUGUGGCCCCGCUACGGCUCCUUCCUGCAGCCCGUGGUGGACAACCGGCACCUGACGGUGGCCACGCUGGAGGAGCGGCCCUUCGUCAUUGUGGAGAACACCGAUCCCAGCACCGGCGUCUGCGUGCGCAACACCGUGCCGUGCCGCAAGCAGACCAACGCUUCGGCCAGAACCCUGACCCAUUUUUCCCGGCGCGGUCUCAGCAGCGAUGGCCUCGCAGACCCCUACACCAAGCUGUGCUGCAAAGGCUUCUGCAUCGACAUCCUGAAGAAGCUGGCCAAGACGGUGAAGUUCUCCUAUGACCUCUACCUGGUGACCAAUGGCAAGCAUGGCAAGAUCGUGCGCGGGGUGUGGAACGGCAUGAUUGGUGAGGUGUACUACAAGCGCGCAGACAUGGCCAUCGGAUCCCUCACUAUCAAUGAGGAGCGCUCCGAGAUCGUGGACUUCUCCGUGCCCUUCGUGGAGACCGGAAUCAGUGUGAUGGUGGCCAGGAGCAACGGCACCGUCUCCCCCUCCGCCUUCCUGGAGCCCUACAGCCCAGCCGUGUGGGUGAUGAUGUUUGUGAUGUGUCUGACCGUGGUGGCCGUCACCGUCUUUGUGUUCGAGUAUUUCAGCCCUGUUGGUUACAACCAGAACCUCACCAGUGGCAAAAGGCCGGGCGGUCCCACCUUCACCAUCGGCAAGUCGGUGUGGCUGCUGUGGGCUCUGGUCUUCAACAACUCCGUGCCCAUCGAGAACCCCAAGGGCACCACCAGCAAGAUCAUGGUGCUCAUCUGGGCCUUCUUCGCCGUCAUCUUCCUCGCCAGCUACACUGCCAACCUGGCAGCCUUCAUGAUCCAGGAGCAGUACAUCGACACUGUGUCAGGGCUGAGCGACAGGAAGUUCCAGAAGCCGCAGGAGCAGUACCCCCCGUUCCGCUUCGGCACGGUCCCCAACGGCAGCACCGAGAGGAACAUCCGCAGCAACUACCCCGACAUGCACACCCACAUGGUGAAGUACAACCAGCGCUCCGUGGAGGACGCCCUCACCAGCCUCAAAAUGGGGAAGCUGGAUGCCUUCAUCUAUGAUGCAGCGGUGCUCAACUACAUGGCGGGCAAAGAUGAGGGCUGCAAGCUGGUGACCAUCGGUAGUGGGAAGGUGUUUGCCACCACGGGCUACGGCAUCGCCCUGCAGAAGGACUCGCGCUGGAAGCGGGCCAUUGACCUGGCCCUGCUGCAAUUCCUGGGAGAUGGUGAGACCCAAAAGCUGGAGACGGUGUGGCUGUCGGGUAUCUGUCAGAACGAGAAGAACGAGGUGAUGAGCAGCAAGCUGGACAUUGACAACAUGGCUGGGGUCUUCUACAUGCUGCUGGUGGCCAUGGGGCUCAGCCUGCUGGUCUUCGCCUGGGAGCACCUCGUCUACUGGAAGCUGCGGCACAGCGUUCCCAAGUCCCACAAGUUCGACUUCCUCCUGGCCAUCAGCAGGGGCAUUUACAGCUGCUUCAGCGGGGUGCAGACCCUGGGCAGCCCCGGGCGGGCGCCCACACCCGACGUGACAGCGAGCUCAGCCCAAGCCAACGUGCUGAAGAUGCUGCAGGCGGCCAAGGAUAUGGUGUCGACGGCCAGCGUGGGCGGCUCCCUGGAGCAUGCCACGCGCACCAUCGAGGACUGGAGCAGCCGCAGCGAGCACCUCCAGACCACCUUCUCGCUCAGGACACCGCAGCUCGUGGUGCAGAACAGCACCGGCACACACCGGGGUCCCUCCUGCGGCCCCCUGCACCCUGAGAGGCUGCGCAGAGCCUACGCGCCCAAAGGGCCCCCCCGGGGGCUGCCUCUGCCCAUCCCCGUGGACUCCCGCGAGGAGAGAUGGAGAGGGACGAGCGAGCGCACCCCCCGCGUCCUUCACCCCGUGAAGGUUCAGGGCGGCGGUGCGGCGGACAGAGCCCUCCCGGGGCCGUUCCCGCACCUCCCGGCGAAGGCGGCGCCAGAGGGGGAUUUCGAGGAGCACGCGCUGAUGGGGAACCAUAUCGGCGCUCCCGUUGCCGUCCCGACGCCUGCCAGGGAGCUCCCGCCGCCGGACAUCUACCGGGAGCACAGGCGGGCGGAGCGGCCGCCCAGCGCCCCGCUGCUCUGCGGGGACGGCGCGGGGACGGCGCCGCGGCCGCUCCCGGCGUCGGAGACGAGAAGGGAGGCGGGGAACGCGUCCUUCCCCCCCGCCUGCUCCCGCAGCUCCUUCCCCAAAGCCGCCAGGACUUGCAGAACCGCGGCAGAGCGGGAGCAGCCGAGCCGGCGGGCGAGCGCGGACCGGGCGUCGCGGGAGCGGGGAGAGAAGCAUCGCGGUGCGGGGCUGCGGCGGUGCGGGGCGCUCCCACCCGCUGCCCGCGGCGACGUCCCCGACCUCUUCCCCGAAGCCGAGGCCGCCCACGGCUGCGGUCCGCGCUGCCCCGAGGCCGCCGGGCGGCUGGCGGGGACGGGACGGGCGCCGCGCUCUCCUCUGGCCCGGCUGCCGUCCUACCGGGAAGCGUGCCGGCAGAAGCCCCGCGGCACCGCGUGCGCGCCCUACGCCUGCGCGGACUCCUACGCCCACCCGCCCCUCUACCUGGGCCGUUUGUCCCGCGAGCACCCCGAGGUGCCGGGGGGCGGCCGGGGGUCGGGGCGCUGGGACGGAGCCUACAGAGACUGGGGGCGGCGGGGGGAGCCGGGCUGGCUGCGCGCGGUGGGCGCGGAGCGGUUGGCGGCCCGCGGGGCGAUGAGUCCCUGUGCCGGCGGGUCCUGGCGGCGGGUCUCCAGCCUGGAGUCAGAGGUCUGAUGGGGGCACGGGCAGCUCCGAGAGAUGCGCCGCUCCCUGCUCGCCGCCAGUCUGGGUGGAGAGAAGCCAAGCGCCCUUCGCCCAACUUCCCUGCACCGGGCUGCUCCUCCUGGAGAUGCGCUCGAGCAUCCUCCGUCACCAACAGCGGGAUGCUCCAAACCAGAUCUGCUCACUUUGAAGGCCAAAGGAGCCUCCUCGAGGCUGGACUGGGCUCUCCCCGCAGGCAGGGCUGGCUGGGGACAUGGGGACACCAAACUCAUUGUCACCAUGUUUCUGUCUUGGUUUCAUCGAGGGACUCCAAGCGUCCUGUCCGGGUCAUUAAAGAGACAUUUUGAACCGG